AUGCCGUUCUCGCGGAGUGUGCUGGUCUUGCUGGCCUCGGCAUCAUGGGGCCUGGUGCAUGCAGCGCCCAGCUGCCGGAACCCGCUCUUCCCCGUGCACUGGUCAAGAGAAUGCAGCCGCAUGUGCCCGAGCCUUCUCCAUGAGGAUGCAGCAGUGUCGAAUAACUUGACAGCUUGUCCCCACUGGAAUGGUUUGGCGAGCUGUUGCAGCACUGGCCUGGAAGCAGUGCAGCAUCGUGCAUUUGCCCAGUGGAAACUAUCGCUGGGAGAAAUCAUCGUGAGCUGGAGAAGCUAUGCAGCUGGCAUGACGAUGCGCCAGCUCACCAAAGUGUAUGAGUACUCAGAUGAUGAGAUGCGCGUGCUGUUCGAUGAAGCACUGGCAGCAGUGCGACAUAGCACAGCGGUUUUUGGCCCGUGUCUUCUGUCAAUGCUGCAGUACGCUGCCGGCAUGAUUUGCUUCAUGUGCGACCCGCAAUGGGAAGCAUAUCUAUACAAGUCCGAACUGCCCGUGGCACAGACUGAAGAAGAGAAGCGCUACCUAGCAGGUGCGAGCUAUGACGCCGUGGCCGUAGCUUCUGGUACGUGUGCGGCGCUGUGGGCAGGCUGCGAGGCUUUCUCAACUGCUGCGCGUGAUGCCUGGGACAAGAUACUCCAGUGCCCGCUUGCAAAGCAGAUCGAGCAGCCUCUCCCGGAUCUGCCACCCUUCUUCUCCAAGCCAGACCUGUGCGAGUGGACCCGGGCUGCCAUUGCGCUGCAGCCUCUGGCUGAAACGUCGCGAAUGUUGCCUGAGCAGCGACUUCCAAAAUUGCCCUCAGAUGCCAGCACCACAACUGAAACCGCCUCCGGCGAGGAUGAGGUGGGUCUGCGCAGGUUGCAAGAGGACACGGACGACAUAAACCCAUCAAACAGAACCAGUUCGCCUUAUGCUUGGGGUCGCUGGUUUCUUGUGGCAGCAUUCCGGCAGCCUGACGAGGUCCUGGUUGCCAAGGCGCCCGGAGCGGUUGGUGCAGCCUUAGACUUUGACGAACUCCUGGGCAGAGACGAGCUGGGACGUGUGCAUUGCGUCUCCGCGACAAGCUUUGGCCGUACUGGAACCCCGGCAGAGCUGUACACGGCGGCGGAGGCAGAAGAUGAGUUGCAGUCUCAGUUCGUCGUCCGCUAUGCGUACAAGGUCCUGGAAGGGAAGAUCACCCUCUCCGCAGCGACAGACGUUUGGCCAGCUCCGGACGCCAAGAGGAGGGUCGCUGGUCUGGUGGCCUUCGGCGGAAACUUGUUCGUGGCAGAUGAUGAGGGCCAAAUUUCCCGCCUGCCUGCGGCUUCGAUGGCGCAAGGAGGGAGGACAGACGGUGUUCAGCUGUAUGCAACGCCAGCCGAGAGCGAUGGGGCACGCCAGCCAAUCACUGGUCUGGCUGUCUCCGAGAAUGGGAGCGUUCUAUUCUGGUCCACUCCUUCAAGCAUCUUCAAGGGUCAAAGUGAUGGAGAAGGGAGGCCUCAGACGAUCUUCGGUCAGGAGCAGUUACAAGAGUUGGGCGGGAGCUCCGCCAUUGUUCACUUGGCAUCCGAUCCUCUGGACGAGCUACUGUUCUUCGCAGUGCAUCGAGGCGCCACCUCCCAGAGCUGUCGGCUCAGCCGGCUGCCGCUGCGCCCACGCCGCGGCCAUGUCAUCACGACUUCCUUCGAGUGGCCCACAGAGCAGUUGUGGAUCAGCGCGCAUUCACAGAUUCUUUACGUCGCGGCGGAGCAUGGGAUUUAUUCUCUCCCGGUCAAUUUCUCGACAUCAGUGACUCCACGCCUUGUCUUCAGCGACCAGAAGAAGCUGUUGACAAGUUUCCACAGCUUUCAUGUCCGUGGCACGGAUUGCGUCCUGGGCGACUGGCGAGCAGAUGGUGCAUGCACAAAAACUUGUGGAGGCGGAGUGCAGAAGUUAAUUCGCCCCGUUCUCACCCCAGCCGCUGGCGGUGGCCGGCCAUGUUCAGAGCAGCAGGUUCGCUACAAGGAAUGCUUCGACCAGCCAUGCCCGGAGAAUGCUACAGAUUGCCUGAUGGGUCAGUGGAUCAACCUGGCCGUUUGUUCUGCUACCUGUGGCUAUGGCAAGCUGCAUCAGAGGCGCUCUGUCCUACGCCAUGCAGCUUUCGGAGGAGCCGAAUGCCCCGAAGAGCAGGAGCGCAGUGUGGAUUGCCUUCUUGCAGAAUGUGGGGGCUUCGAUUUCCUGCUGGCGGCAAUGCCUCACAUGGGUCUGGUAUCAUCGCAGCUUCUGGCCAAGCAGGAGAAGAUUGAGUGGACCACUUCUUCCGCAGUCGGUGCUGUGCACAUCGGAUCCAAGAGCAUCGUGGCAAUCGAUUCGGACAAUCGCUUCCUCUACAUGGCAUCAAGCGGAGGAGAGAGCGUGGAACGCUGGUCGAUGAGCGUAGGUGAUGGCCACAUCAUGUCUUUCUUCGCGAAGUGGGCGGUCUUUACCCCGCAGGCGAAGGGCACGCAGCCAACAAUAGUUGACUUCAAGGUCCAAGCCGCCGCCUUGUACAUCGCGACCUCGGACGAGAUGAUCUCGCGAAUAGAUGAAGAUGCAUUGCUGACCUCCAGAGCCGAGCCUCCCUUGGUGCAGGUCCUGUACAAGGGCCUGGGGCGGCUCCGCAGCUUGUCGGUCGCAGGGACCUACCUCCUCUGGGCCACUAACAAGCAGGUCACUUUGGGCACCGUGGAUGGGCCGGAAGUGCUGGUAACCGAGCGACCGGUUCUGAGCCGCAAAUCCCUAGAGGACUUGGUCGGCUCGUCUUCUGAGGUCGUCCAGGUGGAGCUGCUCUGGGAUGCCAGCCGUUUCUUCCUUGGAGCUUGGGACGACGUCCAGAAAACGAUGUCUAUCUUCCAGGUGUCCAUCUCACCGGACAGCCUUGCCAGUGCAAUUGUCGAGCAUCAACAGCUUCGGCAGCUUCAACAGACGUGGUCUACUCAAGCUGUGAGAAUCCUUGCAACUCCAUUCUCUGCAUACGUUUAUAGCCAUCUCCAAAUCUGGAGUCUGCCUCUGCAUUUGAACGAGGACACCUCAUUAUCCUUGCUCUACGAGUCAAAAACUGCCGCGAAUAUCUCUGGCCUUGGAUACUUCUUUCAGAAGGGCUUGGACUGUGCAGUUUCGGCCUGGAUCAACGUCUCACUUUGCAGCGCCAGCUGCGGCGGUGGACUUGUACGGCAGGCUCGUGAAAUCCUGGCGAAGGCAUCUGAAGGUGGAAGUCCCUGCCCUGCUGAGUUGGAAAGGGAGCUGCCAUGCAACGAACUUCAGUGCCCGGUGGACUGCAAGAUGAGCGACUGGAAAGAUGAGGGUCACUGUUCCAAAAGCUGCGGGGGUGGAACCCUCCGGCAGACACGGCUCGUCCUGUCGCAUCCUAUGUUCGGAGGGCAACAAUGCUCGAGAGUCUUGGAGCAGCACGUGCUGUGCAACAAGUACCCCUGCAAAGGACUUGAUUGCGAGGUAUCUGGGUGGAUGGACCAGGGGCAUUGCUCUCGCAGUUGCGGUGGCGGACUGCAGCGCCAGUUCCGUAAGGUCGAAGAUCUCAUCGGGACGAUCUAUCGAAAUCGGUCAUGUGUAGGGGUACCGUAUGUUGAGCACCAGUCUCAGAUGCAGUCAACAGGCAGUAUAUCACAUUUGCUGUCCAGGUUGUCAAGGAGGCAACGCUCGGAGGCAGGACAUGCGGGGAGAUGA